GUACGGAGACACGAAGCUAUCAAGAAUAUUUCCUCGGUAAUUGCCAUUACAACGAGUGGCAUUCAAACGUGUCAAGCUCUAUGGCUUUUCGACUAGUCUAGGAUGCAUCUUUAUCGAAGGCCACACAAAGGUUCCGGAAACUGACUUGAUCCUCCUGUUUUGGAGAAGUGGGAAGGGGGGAGGGGGGAGGCGGCUUGUUUACCACUGGCCUCAUAUAUGACAUUCCAACGUUACUUCCCGCCUCAAAAGAAAAUAUUUGUUUCCGUGAUCAAGUGACUCAUUCCUACUUUAGAGUCAUCGAGGGAAUCCAGGGGGCUUGCGUUCCAACUAUCCAGGUCAACAAGUUGAUCCCCAACGAAAGAGAAAGAGGUUUCCUACUCGAAAUGCGUCAACAUUCCGAAAUGUUUGGCUAGAAGGGGAUUCCCUUAAAUAAACCUUAAAGAUAGCAUAAAAGAGGAGAAUCGAACAACACUGGUCAGGCCAAAAAUGGAUCCAAAUGACGGGGGAUCAGAUCUAAUGACUGAGUUUGAGGUCACCAACGAAUGGAAUGGAAGGCCCAUCACAGACCACGAAACCAAGAUUUCCAUGACAUUUUCAGAGGCGAAAGAUGGUGUCAAAAUAGAAUUAAGAGCUCCAUUCUUCAACGAUCCUCCACCUCCUGAAACGAAGCCUGGACAACCUUGCUUCAAAUUGUGGGAUCAUGAAGUGGUUGAGGUGUUUCUCCUCAACAGUAAGAAUGGCAACUAUUUGGAACUCGAGUUUGGACCUCAUGGGCAACACCUAGUUCUUCUUUUGACCACGAAUAAAAAGUGCAUAAAGCACAGUCUCCCAUUGGAAUAUUCCGCAGAAAUUGAUUUGGAAAAUGGAACCUGGCGAGGAAAAGCCCUUGUCCCACUUAGUUACAUCCCGCCCGGAGUGGACAAAUUCAACAUCUACGGGAUCCAUAUGGAUCAAGCCAAACCUGGAGAUCGCGUUUAUGAGUCUCUAUUCCCAGUUCCAGGAGAGCAAGCUGAUUUCCACCGAACCCAAUUCUUUGGAACUUGGAACCAAUCCCACUUCCUAUUUCCCAAGAUCACCGAGCUCUCCGAUAUUUGGAAAUGUGCAUUAAAUUCUCCAAAACCGUAAA